GAAACUCCUGCUACAGAGGAGGUGCUGAGUGUGAGGCAUCUGCAGAGCUUUCCAGGCUGCUGAGUCUCCUUUUGUUGGUGGGUUUAUGGAGAAUUCUGGAACUGGAGAAUCUCUCUGAAGGGAAAUGAUUACUAACUGGAUCUACAACCGCCUGUUUGACUGGAAACAAACCUGAAAUCAGAGACUGAGUGUUUCACAGAACUGAAAGUGAAAGUCUGAGUGUUCUCACUGGAAGGAACAGCAGGAAAAGAAAAUGGCUUCUAAAUCUUUCUCAGAGGAGGAUCUCUCCUGUCCUGUGUGCUGUGAGAUCUUCAAGGAUCCAGUUAUUCUGCGCUGCAGCCACAGUGUGUGUAAAGACUGUCUGCAGCGGUUCUGGAAAACUAAAAGAUCCAGAGAAUGUCCAGUUUGUAGGAGGAGAUCUUCAAUUGACCAGCCUCCUAGAAACCUGGCUUUAAAGAACCUGUGUGAGAGUUUCUUACAGGAGAGAAGUCAGAGAAGUUCAGCAGAGUCUGAAAACAUCUGCAGUUUGCACAGUGAGAAACUCAGACUCUUCUGUCUGGAUGAUCUACAGCCUGUGUGUUGGGUGUGUCGAGACUCUAAAAUCCACACCAACCACAAAUUUCUCCCUCUUCAGGAAGCAGCAGUCGACUACAAGGAGGAACUCAAAACUGCACUGAAGCCCCUGAAGGAGAAACUUGAGAUUUUUACAGAGUUUAAACUGGAUUUGGAUCAGACUGCAGAACAUAUAAAGACUCAGGCCCAACACACAGAGAGACAGAUUAAGGAGGAGUUUGAGAAGCUUCACCAGUUUCUACGAGAUGAAGAGGCAGCCAGGAUAUCAGCACUGAGGGAGGAAGAGGAGCAGAAGAGUCAGAGGAUGAAGGAGAAGAUUGAGAAGAUGAGCAGAGAGAUAUCAGCACUUUCAGACACAAUCAGAGCCAUAGAAGAGGAGAUGGGAGCUGAAGAUGUUUCAUUCUUACAGAACUACAAGGCCACAGUGAAAAGAGCUCAGGUCACACUGCAGGAUCCAGAGAGCCUUUCAGGAGCGCUGCUCCAUGUGGGGAAACACCUGGCCAACCUGAAGUUCACAGUCUGGGAGAAGAUGAAGGAGAUUGUUCAGUUCACUCCUGUAAUUCUGGACCCCAACACUGCCCAUCCUAGACUCACCCUGUCUGAUGAUCUGACCAGUGUGAGAUUCACUGAUGAGGAACAGCAGCUUCCUGAUAAUCCAGAGAGAUUUGAUAGAUAUGGAUUUGUUCUGGGCUCUGAGGGCUGUAACUCAGGAACUCACUGCUGGGAUGUUGAAGUUGGAGACAGUACAGGCUGGUUUGUGGGUGUGAUGACGGAAUCUGCUCAGAAGAAGGGAGAAAUAUUCUCCAGGAGUGGAUUGCGGUAUAUGGGGUAUAAUGAUGGUGUAUAUGGAGCCUGUGCUUCACCACAGACAAACAUUCUCCUCUCAGUAGGUCAGAAACUGCAGAGGGUCAGAGUUCAGCUGGACUGGGACAGAGGAAAACUCUCAUUCUCUGAUCCUCUCACUAACACACACUUACACACUUUCACACACACAUUCACUGAGAGAGUUUUUCCACUGUUUUGUACCUGUGAAAUCAUGAAAAUCACAGCAGUUCAGUUUAGUGUAUCAGUGAAUCAGCUCAGUUAGAGCUCAUUCAGUCUUUGUGUGGAUCAGCACUGAAAUACUGAUUAAUACUGAAAUGAUCACUGCAGUUAUAAGACCUGUUCAGUUACUGCAGCUGAGCUGAGAUUAUUUGAGGAAUAUUGAGCUUCUUAAACACAUUUGUAGAAGGUUUAUCUGCAUUUUAAACAUGAAUGGAAGCUACAUUAAAGUAGCACAGUCUGAAUAACACUGAACACAGUUCAUUCUUAAUUAUUAGAAUGUAUAAAAAGUAAUGCAGUUGUAACAUAAUAUGUAAGUAUGAUGCUGGGAGGAAUUAUCAAAUUUGUUUUGAAAUUUUGAAGAAGGUGUCUGUUCAUAGGAGACGUCACAGUUGCUUAAUCACAGUUGUGGAAAGUUUAUCUUCAUUUUUGGAAGCUCUUCUGCAAAACCUGAUAACAGUAACACAAACCAGAUUGUUUGGU